AUGACGUCCAGGCUUUUGAUACUCGGCGCUGGUGAGCUCGGCACGGCGUGCGCGCUGUCUCUGCUGGCGAACAUGGGAAGCAGGGGUGCGCAGGCGGGGGCCGUCGUCACCAUGUGCGCCCGCGACAAGGAUUACUUGCAGGAGCUGCAACUCGGCUCAAAAACGUUUCGGUUGUUUGACCGAAGCAUCCACGUUCCAUCGGAGAUGUCCUUUCAGGUCAUGGGUGAGGAGCCGGCAGAGAAGCCUACGCACUGCAAGGCGUCCUUCCUCUGUCUACCUGUCUCUUGCUUCGCGGAAGCAAAGGGCGCCACACCGCAUGAGGAGACGCCAGCUUGUGUACGUGAGUGCCUCAUAAGGAAUGCGAAUGCGCCGCUAUUUGUUUUUGUUCGAGGGUUUUCACGGGAGGGGCUAACGCCAGUGGAGGAAAUAAACCGCGUUAUUCGUCCUCAGCCCUCGAGGGUGGUCGUCGUCUCGGGUCCGUUGUUUGCAAGGGAGUGGGCUGCAGCCUCGCUGCCUGAGAACAGUACCACCACCGCCGCCACCAGCGGCAGCAGCAGCAGCAGCAGCAGCCAUGCUAGUAAUAGCAAUAGCGGGGUCUCGCUUGCAUUUGCCAUGGCUGAUGAGACUGAGGCAGAGACGCUACAAGCAAUGCGGGAUCUAUCACAGCGACUAUGGCACCGCGAGAGCGUCACGUGGUUAACCGAGCCGAACGCUGCGGGGAUUCUUUCCUUUGUCAACGGCUGUUUCCCGUUGUGUUGCAUGGGAGCUGGAAUGGUGAGCAGCGAGUACCCCGCCUCCGUUUCGGCAAUGAUGUCCUACAUGCAGCAUGCCAUCGGUGCAACGGAAGAGCUUGUGAACCAGGCCUUCUCCCGUCCACACGGCACACCUUUGCCUGCGUGUGCGACGGCCACCCUUGCGAUGGCGUGCACGAAUCAUGCCUCACGAGAGUUCAUUUUUGGGCGACGCCUGAACUAUCAUUUUCGUCAUCGUGACGCCAUUCGCGCUGUCUUUCCGGGAAACUCACAUGCGUCGUUGGACGCGACGGUGGCAGGGAUUCACACACUCUUGAAGCGGCUGUCCUUCUCGUCGCCGUUCUAUGAGGUGUUGAUGGAUGCAUUUCUGACGGUUCUGCGGGCGUCCGUGGCGGGGCGUGGUCUCGUGAAGACGGGGUUUUACGACUACCGUGACCACGCCUGCAUGGAGGAUGCCCCGCUGCUUCAGCAUGCACUGGCGGUGGAUGCCGCAAUGCUCUCGGGCGAUGAAACGAGCUUCAAUAGAGCUCGUGAGGCGCUGGCCAUGGCGUUCAGCAAUCCCGUGGCACCCUCGUCAGGGUUGUGA